ACUGCCACAAAAUUUAUUGAAAAUAGUAUUUUUUGUGGAUCUGUCAUUGUUCCUAGUUUGUUCGAUCAAAAUUCCAAUUCAAGGAGCUGCCAGAAUGGCCUUCGUCCAGUGCGACGAAAAUGACUUCGACGCCCUUUGAGAGGCUCAAAGGAUGGUGGACUCUUGCCAGGACUUUGCGGACCACUUGAUCGUGGCCGAAUUCCUGCCCCAUUGUCGUUGGGUGGCUUACAUCAAUAUUCGCACCCUCGAGCAGGUCAUCUAUUGUGUGCAACUAAGUCGCGUUGGCUAUCGGAUCGUGGCCUAUGACUUUGAUAACGUGGCCGAUGAGGUGGCCAAUUGUGACACCGUCUAUGAGUCUGCCCACCAGCUGUUGGCCGGCAUAAGUCCACUGUAUGGUGAGAAAUAUGGCUACGGACGAGAGCCUCUGAGGAAGCGAAAGGUGCAGUAGUCACAACGGGGCGUGGCACGUGAAGAAUUUGUCUGCUAAUUGCUAAUUGCCGCCCCAAAAAGUGAUAAUUAAGCGUUUUGCAGGUAAAUGACUUGAUUGCAAUAAUAAAGCCCGAGGCAGUGAGUUGGA